AUGUUGAAAAGGAAUAAGAACAAGGCGAUUAAGGUCAAAGUCACUACAGCUGAAUCUCAGCUGGAAUUCGAGAUGCUUAAGAGUGCCUUGGGGCAGGACCUCUUCGAUCAGGUGGUUCGGACAAUUGGCCUUCGUGAAGUUUGGUACUUCGGCAUUCAGUAUAUCGACAAGGACAACAACCCAACGUUUUUAAGACUGGAUAAAAAAAUUUCCCACAAUGAAUUUGCUCCUGGCUCAGAAUACGAGUUCAAGUUUAUGGUGAAGUUUUACCCUGAAAACGUGGAAGAAGAACUUAUUCAAACAUGCACGAUAACUCACUUCUACCUGCAAGUUAAAAACGAUAUAAUGUCUGGUAAAAUCUAUUGCCCAACGGACACCGCCGUCCUUCUCGCUUCGUACGCCUGUGUCGCCAAAUACGGUCCAUACAGCCCACAGACGUGCCCUAAAACCUUACCUGUUGAGAGAUUGAUUCCCGGAAGAGAGCAGUACGAUCAAACUGACGAACAGUGGUACGAGCGUAUCAUAACCUACUACAAGGACCAUCAUGACAUGUCUCGUGAGGAUGCAAUGGUUCAGUAUCUGCAGCUUGCACAGGACCUUGAAAUGUACGGUGUGGAGACCUUUGAUAUUAAGAACAAGAAGGGCACACCCCUUGUACUCGGUGUUGAUGCUCUUGGCUUGAGUAUUUACGAGCCGGGCAACCUUUUGGAUCCGAAGAUUGGAUUCCCCUGGUCUGAAAUCAGGAAUCUCUCUUUCCACGACAAGAAAUUCAUCAUCAAGCCUGCUGACAAGUCUGCAAAGGAAUUCUUCUUCUUGGUCAGCAAGUCCAAGAUUAAUAAACGCAUCCUAGCUCUGUGCACUGGCAACCAUGAGCUCUACAUGCGCAGAAGAAAGUCGGACUCUAUCGAGGUCCAGCAAAUGAAGAUUCAGGCUAAGGAGGAGCGCGAAAUGAAGGAAGCUGAAAGGCAACGUCUGAAGGAGGAGCGUCUGCAGCGCAUGGAAAACGAGCAGAAGCUUCAAGAACUUCGGUCGCAAAUGGUGCAGAAGGAGUCCGACUUCGAGGCGAUGUCUCUUAAAGUCGCCAAGUACCAGCAAAAAAUCAACGAACUGGAGGUGCUGCUCGAUCAGGAACGAGGCGCUCGCGAGAACCUGCAAAAGAACCAAGAUAUCUUGGCUCAAAUGAAUCAGAAGCUCAAGGAGGAGACUGAGGCCUCGGUGGAGGAGCGCAACAAGCUCAUUGCCGAGCGUGAUCGGGUGCAACGCCAGGUUGAAGAACAAAAGGCAGAAAUGGCGGCCAAGGAGGCCGAGAAGGCCAAAACCGAGGCCGAACUGCGUCACCUGCGUGAGGAGCGCGUGUCCAAAGCCAAGUCCGCUGUCAACGCCCGUGGGGAUGCUGCUUCGCAAGAUGACGAAAGCGAAGCCCAAGAGUUUGAAGUGGUGCCGAAUGUUAAGCGCUUGGAGGAGUCGCGCGUGACCGAGGUCUCCAAGAACGAGUCCCUCCAGACGAAGUUGGCUAACCUCAAGUCGGAGUUGAAGCCGGUGCGUGACGAGGCGAAGAUGCGUGACAUUGACCGCCAUCACGAGUACAACGUGCGCGAGGGCAACGACAAGUACAAGACCCUGCGCAACAUUCGCAAAGGCAACACCAUGUGCCGAGUCGAGCAGUUUGAGUCGAUGUAG